AUGGUGUCUCCGUGGGGUUACAAUUUGCAUAUGUGGACAAACUACGGAUUUCAGUUUUGGGCCGAAAAACAUCAGAUGCCACAAACAGUGCCAAGAUCCGGGUGCAGCCCGCCAUCGACAUCUCAGGGUGAGCGAGCGGUUCCCGCCUCUCCUGCAGAUUUACAACAUCUCCUCCGUCUACUCGGCGCUGCAUCCCCUCCAGAACCGAUGCUUCACUCCCCACCAAACCCACACAACAAACCUCCUCCACCUUAUCCUGAAGACAAUUCAAACACAGUGCUACUAGAUCGUUUAUACGACUUUGAAGGCUAUCUUACACCUUCACCUUCAUCAGACGAAGGUACCAUUCCCACAGUGGCUCUCCAACCUGCCUCACCAUAUAGUUCACUUCAACCUUCCUCUCCAUACAGCUCCCUCCAACCCUCAUCUCCUUAUAACUCCCUCCAACCCUCAUCUCCUUAUAGCUCCCUUCAGUAUAACUCACCACAAGUAUACAUUAAAGAAGAACCAAACCGAUUAACGGUCCCGGAAUUUGCAUCACCAUAUCCUUUAUCACCAUCUGGAUCUUGUGUGUCCUACGGAAGCCAGAACCAAUACUCAUCACCAGUCCCACAACACGACGAAUACAUAGACAUUGAAGAACUCUUAAAGGAAAAUCAGAUACUUCAAGAUAGUAUUCAGCAUAAUUACAUCACACCUAAAAUUGAAGUUGAAGAGCGCAGAGAUCACAUUCUACUAAGAUCAGCAUUAGAAGAUACUACAUUCCAGAAAAGAUUAAAUCUUAGACCUAUUCCAUUAGAGUUAGGUACUGUCAAAAUGGAAGAAAGUAGCGGAGGUGACGAUGCUCUUGUAGCUCCUGACAUCGACCAUGUUCUCUCAAUGGCUAUUGAGCAGACCAAAAGAGACGUGGACAACACAUGCACUGUUCUUGGAAUCUCACCAGACCCUAUGUUGUGGAGUACCGGGGAUGUCAAAGCAUGGGUAAUGUUCACAUUGCAACAUUACAACCUUCCGAUGGUGCCCAUGGAAAACUUCACAAUGGAGGGCGCCGCUCUAGUAGCACUUACGGAGGACGAAUUUAACCAGAGAGCACCACAGGCUGGCAGCACUCUUUACGCUCAACUGGAGAUCUGGAGAACAUCACAAAGAUCUGAACAUCAGAAUAUAUCUACCUCUCCUAUACCUACGCCUGCAGGCUUACCAUCAGCUGACGACAUGAGCGAAGACGAGGAGUCAGAGACUGUAAACACGAGUACAUCGACAGCAGGCGGUAAAGCUAAAACUGGCAGUACCCACAUACACCUGUGGCAAUUCCUGAAGGAACUUCUAGCGUCCCCUCACGUGCAUGGCUCAGCGAUACGGUGGUUAGACCGAAGUAGCGGUGUAUUCAAGAUUGAGGAUUCAGUGCGUGUCGCAAGGCUUUGGGGCAAGAGGAAAAACAGACCUGCUAUGAACUAUGAUAAACUGUCCAGAAGCAUCCGACAGUACUACAAGAAAGGUAUUAUGAAGAAAACCGAGAGGAGUCAGAGGCUCGUGUACCAGUUCUGUCACCCGUACUGUUUAUAA